AUGAGCUUUGAGUCGGACAUUGUUUUGGAAACCGAACUUGUUCCCUCAACCAAAGAAUCAGUGGAGCAAUGGAAGUGGAGGGGAUAUCCUCAAAACUUGUUCAGGAACUGGGUUGCUGAUCGAGUUGCACGGAUCUAUUAUGUCGACGUACUUGAAUCUGGAAAAUUCAAGUUGGCUAGGGACACUAAUCCAGCUAUUGAGGUUGAUGAAAGCGCUAUAAGUCAGCUCUGGGAUCAGUUGCAGAUAGAGCCAACAGGUCUUCAUCUCCGGGUGUUGCUCGUCGACAACAUGAAACAUCCCGCACUCCAGAUGCUGGGAACAAGGUACAACAUUGAGCUGUGCUUUUUCACAUCCUCCUUAAACUGGAUCCCUUCUCAAUACCAAGAAGAAGUUGUCAAGAAAAAAGGAGAUCCAUGGCCAUACACGUUCAACCACAACAUCGAUGACUUUGGCUGGUCAAUGGGAGAUGAUGGCAGGCGCCACACUAUGCUCUUCAUCGAGAAUGGGUGUAUUCAGGACGAGCCCGACUGUGAUUUUAAAACUGGUCUUCGCGAGAUCGUCAAAAUACACAAGGGCACAUUCCGUCUGACCGCGAACCAGCAUAUUACAGUCUCAGAAAUCUCUAUGGAAGAUGUGCCCGAGAUGAUCUACUCAUAG